AUGAACCUGAAUAAAGAGGGACCGGCCCAGCCACAAGGAUCAUCGAACAUCGGCGGAGGACCCCGGAAACCGCCCGCUCUUCUCAUCUCAAAACCAAAUGUGAGUACUGUCGUUUUUGUGAAAAUCUGGUUACAUCAAACAAAUUCAAUGAUGAACUUUGUCUAGAUGAACUUUGUCUGCAAAUUUUGAAGAUUUUAUGAGUCAUCAUGACGUUCAAAACAACAUUUGAAAGAUCCGUUUCAUGCUCUUUAACUUUGUAGUCAAGGGUUUUCUAAAUAUCUGAAAGAGCAGCCGAAAAUCGUGAACUGCUAAGUUGUAGAGCACGUACUCUUUCCAGUCGUGUUCCGUCACCUGAUAUACAGUAGGUUAAAGUUAAUCUAGCGGAAAAAAUGCUGGAGAAAUUUUCAACUGCAACUGCAAUGUUGUAGAGCAUAAAAUUAUCUAUCGUUUGAAAAAUUGCUCAAGAUACAGUAGGAGGUCAAAGUUCGCUCAUGUAUUCUGCCCUCAAAAAAAAACAACCGUACAGCUCAUGAGGUUCUCGCGUUCUUUGCGAUUUCUCCAGGGACCUCUUGGCUCUUCCCCCAUUUGGCUGCUCUUUUUGCUCCGUAUAGUCGUACAUCGCGAUGCCGCCGCCCUCUCCUUUUGCCUCCGCCGCCGGAAAAGAAAAAAGAAAAAAGCGUGCACACACACACACACACACAAAAAAGAGAAUACUUCUACUAUUUUGGGACUGAUGGGGGAAGGCGGAGAUGGAAGAAAAAGAAGAAGAAGAAGGAGAUGAUGUAUGAUGUUUUUGACGCCGUCCCAAAAAGUCUGGUGCGGAGGAGGAUGAUCGUUUUGUAGUUGUGUGUUUUUGGGGGGGAAACCACGACUAAAACAGAUGAUGAUGGAUGAAUGGAUGCGGAGAAGAAAAAGAUGGAGCUACGGUAGAUGGAUGACGUGGCUUUGGACUUUCGGUACGACGCUCCGAUGUUCCGCAAUGCUUAGAAAAUAACGGGAAUAAAGGGAACCGUUACCUUUGCCACGUUUUCCGUACGCACGGUCUCCAGAGCUGACAAUAUGGGCGUGGCCCCGGCCAAAUGGCGUUUACAUAAAUUGAGCAGGUUUUCUCUGAUUUUUGUGGUCAACGGCGAUGAAAAGACGAUUGUUCGACAUGAAAACACGCUAAUUCUCGAGAAUUAAUGACGUUUUGGCGCAUUUUUCGCCGACUUUGCUUUUUCGCCUUCGCCGCCGAUCGCCGCCUAAAAACCGCACUUCUCAUUUCGCGCCUUCUUGACCGUUUUUAAGACAGAAUUGGUUUUGAGAAUGAGAAAUCACGUAAAUACAAGCAUUUUUUUUCUCGAACAGCGAAAAUUACUGAAAAGCAACUGAAAUUCACGCAGUUUUAGCCAAAAACCUUCAAACGGAUAAAUGCGAUUUGCGACUUGACCAAAUUUAAUGCUCUUGCGCUUAAAAAAUUCGUAAUAGCCCUAUACAAUCGGUCUAUCGAGAGACAAAUGAGAAGCUAUCGGUUUUUCGUGGCUAAUCUGGCAAAAAAACACAAAAUUGGCUGUUAACAUUUGAAUUUCGCGCCAAUGUAUCGCUCUAUUGGGCGGGGCGCACUUGCGCGCCCAUUGUCAGCUCUGGAGACCGUGGUACGAGACUCCGAUCAAAAUGAUAUUUCAGUAAAACCUAGAUUCCGAAGCAGAAGUUGCCGUGAACGCUAUUCAAACAGGACAAUUUAUCUCAGCUACCGGUAGAAAUAUCCAAAAAAAAAAAAAAAGUUGUCAACUGAUAUAAUGUUUAUUAAAACAUUGUGUCAUCUUUAUCAGUUUAGCACUUACUGAUAUCUUCAGCGGCAACUGAGAUACAUCGUUUUGAAUGGACCGCGGCAUUGGGUGGCCCAUCUAUUUCAGCACAGCCUUUUGGAACAGUAACUCAUAUAUAUAUUAUUGUUAUCCCACUUUUUCCGCUGCUCCUUUUCAAUUUCCGCUCGUCGCCCACGCCGCCCGUGCUUACUUAUGCAAAACGAAAACCGAAAAAACAGCCUGAAUACUUUUGACGGAAGGUGGUGAAGGUGGUUGAACUGCUCACUUUUUUGCAUAUAUUGUUAUAAUCAUAUAAUAUAAUCCGCAUUGACGUCAACACGCGCUUAGGGCCCUAAUCCAACUUAACUGUUGGCCUCUUUUUCGAUGAUGAUGAUGAUGAUGAUGAUGGGGGGGAAAUGGCAACAAUUUUAAUUGGUUUUUUAAUGAAAGGGAGCCAGAUAAUGAGCGGGUUGGCGGUUGAGACCAGAAGCCACGGCUUCGAAGCUUCUGUUUCGAGCCAGUGCUCGAAGCCAGCUCAUUUACGCAUCCAUCCAUCCAUCCAUCUAUCUAUCUUCUUCUUCAUUUCCCCACCACUUCCCCGUAUAUGAUAAUUAGAAAAAGAAGAAGCAGAAGCAGAAGAAGAAGAAGAAGAAGAAGAAGAAGAGUUGGGUCAUCUCCCCCUCUCCCUCCCCUUCUCACUUCAUCAUUUGGUUGUGGCCGCCCCCCCCGUUUUUUUCAUCAUUUUUCACAAACAACUACCGCUACGUCUAGUAGCUAUGAACUCGAAUUCGUCUAGUGAACAAGGUGGUGGUGAAAAUGAGAAAGCGAAACAACCGACAAUAUCUAUUACUACUACUGCUCCGAUGCGAAUCUCGUUCCAGGCAAGUAUAGCGCAUCGGACUUUGCGCGCAUAGAUCAUCGAUUCACGAGAUGAGCUCACUCGGACAGUCGCGACUCUCCGCUCCGCAAAACCCCUCUUAAACUUUGAUGCUCCAAAUAUAAUCAUCUGAGAUUCUUCUCCAAAAAUCUCUCCUCACUUUAUAUAAUUGCCGCCCUUAGAGUGUGCUCCCAAAGCGCGCAAAAAUAUCGAAUUACUGAUGGAAUUGCUCAUCAGACGGGAAAAAGGUGGGGGAGGAAAAAGACGAAGAAGAAGAAGAAGAAGAAGAAGAAGAAGAGGGAGAGGGAGAAAAAGCCCAAAAAAUGAGACAUUAUUGCAGUGUCCAUUGAUAUGCGAGCAAGGACCGUCGAUUCCGUCGUCGCCGACAGUGCUCUCCAGUGCGCAGGAUCUGAUGAACGCGGAUAUUAUGCAGAGGAUUCAGAUGGUGAGUGGACACUUUGCAAUCGAUUGGAAUUCACAGAUUUUUGAUAUGUCUUCUAGUUAUCUCGAAAUGAUCGAAGUCGAGGCGUGUUCUUAACUUAUUUCGCCCUUUCUGCUAGUUUCAUGUUUCCAAGUUGCAACUGACACAUUGGACGGUUUGCAACCACUUUUUCCUCUUGUUUGCAAAAUAGGAAAAAGAGUCAGCUGACUUGAAGUUAUUUGUAACCUAGAAUUUCAUUCGGUAAUGAACUUUUCGACAAAGACAACAUUUUCGAGUCCGAAUCAGAAACAAUUAGAUCAUGUUCCUUACUCCACUCAAAACACAACUCAAAAUAACAGAAUACCACGAAGAAACCAGGGCCGUUGGAAAGUUUUCCUUUGUUUUACCGAUUUUUAAUGUUAUUUUAGGUAGAAAAUGACUGUCAAUAUAACCAAUCGAGUUAAAAAAAAGCGUCAAACACAGACCGAAAACUGGUCGGGCCGAUGGACAUUUUCCUACGGCCCGGACCGUGACAACUACGUGAAAAACUCUCUCCACUGAUUGCAGUUCUCCUCUCAAUUCGACGGCGCCCGUCUCUCGCCCAACUACGCGACGUCGGAUCUCGGCUCGUCGGCCCGCUCGAGCUUCUCCACCUCCUCCUGGAUGGCCUACCGCGAUCGGAGCGUCGAUUUCGAGGAGGCCGGCAAAGAAUUGAUCUCGCCGUUCGACUGUGACACUGCGUGUUCCGUCUCGCCCGCAUUCUCCUUGUCGCCCAACUCGUUCAAUCAUUUCUCGUACGUUUUUCUCUAAUUGUGUAAAGCGUAAACUGCCUAUUAUGCGAACUUUAUCUGGGAAGUUUUUCCUCAAAAAUAGCUCCUUUAUACCUAUAAUUUCUCGGCACGUGGGUGUCUCAACUCUCGCAAAUACAUCGUUUCACUUCCAGAUUCGAUGCUCGAAGUGUGUCCUCUUUAGGGCAGAGCACGAGCAAUCUGCAUCACCUGCUGGCCGUCGGAGCGUAUGAGCUGUCCAGGUGAAUGCCACGACACGAAUCAACACAAACUGAUGUGGAUUUAGGGAGCGAAGUAGGUCGGAGAGCGAUAUGCAGCCCGCGCAGGACGAUGCGCGCCUCCUCGCCAACUCGACCAUCUCGGUGCCGUGCUACACGAAAAAGCCGAUUCAUAAGUUCGGCGGGGAGAUCAAGCGGAGCAGUAGUACACCGCCGCCGACCACGAACGAACGCGAUGAGAUUGAACAGCAGCUGCGACCCACGUCGGGGCUCGAGAACAAAGACGAUUUGGAGGCUGUAAGGGCGAAGGGUGGUCUAGAAAACGAAAGGAAGAAUUGUAUUGUAGGCGAACACAAUUGUAAGCAACUGGGCUCGCGAUCAAAUCUUCGCCAUGCAAAAUGCGAACAUGUUGAGCACUUUGUUGAGUGCUCAGUCUCAAUCUCACUCUCACUCUCACUCGCAAUCACUGAGCCCCCAACCGUGCGGAUCCACGGAAGAUUGCUCACUCGUCGUCCCGGCGCCCGUGAAAGUUGUGCCGAAGAAAGAUGAGGAGGGGAGCCGGUCGAAGCAGAUGCAGUACACGUGCACGUUAUGCGGACAGGUAUUCGGACUGUCCCAUAUUUAAUCGUCCGCUCAAAAAUGCCGAUUCCAGGCGUUCGCCGUACACGACCGUCUCGCCAAACACAUCGCCUCGAGGCAUCGUCAACGCAGUUGCACACUUGACGACGCGUCGAAAGUGCACAAGUGCAAUAUGUGCUCGAAGAGCUUCUCAAGGAGUGACAUGCUCACUAGGCACAUGCGAUUGCACACGGGCGCCAAGCCGUACAGCUGUCCGACGUGUAAUCAAGUUUUCUCGCGCUCCGAUCACUUGUCGACGCAUUUGCGAACGCACACCGGCGAGAAGCCCUACGCGUGUCCGUUGUGCUCCUAUUCGGCGGUGAGUUUCGCGAGGGGUUGAAGAGAGAAGACUUCUAAACGAAUACUGACAAAAACCUACAAUAUCGAAACAUUUUCAGAGCCGUCGUGACAUGAUCUCCCGUCACAUGCGCACCCACUCGAUGACCGACGACGUCUCCACACCCAUCUCGCAACUUUCAAUCCGAAGCGCCAGUACCUCGCCGCUCCCACCGAAGAUCGGCUCCACAGUUGUCGAGAUCGGAUCCGGCGAGCUGUCCGCCUUCAAACCGAUCUUUUCGGGAAGCAACCACCUCUCGGUGUCCUCUCCGUUCCAGUCUCUCUCGCUCUCGACGCCCCCGUCUCCGUCGGGAUUCCCUCCGAUCCUCCUCAAUCGGCAGUCCUCGUUCGACCAUUCCACGCCCACCACUUGA